AAGCUAAGGACCUUUUAGAUGUAAUUACUUCCAAGUAAUUGUUUCUAGGCUAGAAAAGUUACAUUUUCUAUUUUAAGUAUUAUAUUAAAAUUUUUGUGAUGUGGCAUCAGUGUGUUGUGUUUUUGUUAAAAUGCUUUGCACUUAUUCACAAGAUGCUGAAAUUCUGAAAAUAUUGCUAAAUGCCACUUAUUCAUAGGUCAUGGAUUUUGUCAGCCUAUUUUUCAUUCUGUUUGUGCAUUGCGUCCUUAGUUUAGGUUUCAUUUUAAUAUGAUGUUUUUAUAUUUUACAAGUUUUAGAGUCGCUAUUUGUUAAAGAGCAAUUUUUUUUAUGCAGCAGGGUAGCUGUGCAGCUUUCUAACACUGUGAUCUCCUUACUGGAUCUUGGCUAACAUGGCAAGCCUCCUGCGCACGGUUGUUACUAGUUGUUCCAGUCCUCUUUUCAACAAUGUGAUGUGUCACAAAGUGAAGACUGUGAAGACCCCAUGCUUACGGACAUUCCGUACUCACCAGGUGCUCUGGUGCCAGGCACCUGUGAAACCAGGGCGAAGAAAAAUGCCGUGAUCUACUUUCUCUGUGCUAUUCAUUGUCUUCAUUUCAACUCAUUCCAUCAGGUUGUCUCUUUGACUUCCUGCAGAACUCUGAAAAAAGGUAUUCCAUACAAACAAUUGACAGUGGGUGUUCCAAAGGAGAUUUUUCAGAAUGAGAAAAGGGUUGCCUUGUCACCAGCUGGAGUUCAAGCACUGGUUAAGCAAGGUUUCAAUGUCGUUGUGGAAUCGAGUGCAGGAGAAGCUUCCAAAUUCUCUGAUGAUCAUUACAGAGAGGCUGGCGCACGGAUCCAAGGAACAAAGGAAGUUUUGGCUUCUGAUCUAGUUGUCAAAGUGAGGGCUCCCAUAUUUAAUCCUGCACUUGGUGUACAUGAGGCAGAUCUGUUUAAGCCAUCUAGUACCCUAAUCAGUUUUAUCUAUCCGGCUCAAAACCCAGAUCUCCUGAACAAACUGGCUGAAAGAAAAACUACUGUCUUGGCUAUGGAUCAGGUCCCACGUGUGACUAUUGCUCAGGGAUAUGACGCUCUUAGCUCCAUGGCCAACAUAGCUGGGUACAAGGCCGUUGUGCUCGCAGCCAAUCACUUUGGUCGUUUUUUCACCGGUCAGAUCACUGCAGCUGGCAAAGUCCCUCCAGCUAAGGUUCUGAUAAUUGGAGGUGGAGUGGCUGGAUUAGCAUCUGCAGGAGCAGCUAAAUCAAUGGGAGCUGUAGUUCGUGGCUUUGAUACCAGAGCUGCAGCACUGGAACAGUUCAAAUCACUGGGGGCUGAGCCUUUGGAGGUUGACCUAAAAGAAUCAGGGGAAGGUCAAGGAGGUUAUGCAAAAGAGAUGUCCAAAGAGUUCAUUGAAGCCGAAAUGAAGCUGUUUGCCAAACAAUGCCAGGAUGUUGACAUUAUCAUCACAACAGCACUCAUUCCUGGUAAAAAAGCUCCAGUCCUCUUUCGAAAAGAUAUGAUUGAAUUGAUGAGGGAAGGUUCAGUCGUCGUAGAUCUAGCUGCUGAAGCAGGUGGAAACAUUGAAACUACAAAGCCAGGAGAGCUCUAUAGUCACAAGGGAAUAACACACAUAGGGUACACAGACCUUCCUAGCAGAAUGGCCACCCAAGCCAGCACUCUGUAUUCCAAUAACAUCACCAAGCUCCUAAAGGCUAUAAGCCCAGACAAAGAGAACUUCUACUUCAAUCUAAAGGAUGAAUUUGACUAUGGCACUUUGGACCAUGUUGUUAGAGGAACAGUGGUAAUGAAGGAUGGAAAGGUUAUUUUUCCUGCACCACCUCCUAAGAACAUUCCGCAAGCAGCCCCUGUGAAACAUAAGACUGUUGCAGAAUUGGAAGCAGAAAAAGCAGCCACGAUUACCCCCUUCAGGAAAACAAUGACCACUGCUUCUGCAUAUACAGCAGGACUCACAACCAUGCUCGGGCUGGGUGUUGCAUCUCCAAAUUCAGCUUUCACGCAGAUGGUGACAACGUUUGGCUUGGCAGGGAUUGUUGGAUACCACACAGUGUGGGGUGUGACUCCUGCGCUCCACUCACCACUCAUGUCUGUGACUAAUGCUAUCUCAGGGUUGACUGCAGUUGGUGGGCUGGCAUUAAUGGGGGGAACGUACCUCCCUGAAACAUUGCCCCAGAGCCUUGCUGUUCUUGCUGCUUUUGUGUCUUCUGUCAACAUUGCAGGUGGCUUUCUGGUCACACAAAGGAUGCUGGACAUGUUCAAGCGCCCCACUGAUCCUCCUGAAUACAAUUACCUGUACCUCUUACCUGCUGGUGUCUUUGUAGGAGGAUAUGGAGCAGCACUUCAAAGCGGGUAUACCAUUGAGCAGAUGAUGUACCUGGGCUCAGGCUUGUGCUGUGUUGGUGCUCUGGCUGGCCUCUCCACCCAAGGAACAGCUCGACUUGGCAAUGCCCUGGGCAUGAUAGGAGUUGCUGGGGGCUUGGCAGCUACUCUUGGAGGCCUGAAACCAUCCCCGGAGCUGCUUGCUCAGAUGUCAGGUGCAAUGGCCCUGGGGGGCACUAUAGGUCUGACGAUUGCAAAGCGUAUCCAGAUUUCAGAUUUACCUCAGCUAGUGGCUGCUUUCCACAGCUUGGUUGGCCUGGCUGCCGUCCUCACCUGCGUGGCAGAGUACAUGAUUGAGUAUCCCCACUUUGCCACUGAUCCAGCUGCAGACCUCACCAAGAUCGUGGCUUACCUUGGCACAUAUAUUGGAGGCGUGACUUUCAGUGGCUCUCUUGUGGCUUACGGGAAGCUACAGGGUAUCCUGAAUUCAGCCCCACUCCUCCUACCAGGCCGACACUUAUUGAAUGCUGGUUUGCUAGCUGCAAGCAUAGGUGGAAUGGUUCCCUAUAUGAUGGAUCCUAGUUACACAACUGGGCUUGCUUGUUUAGGGUCUGUGUCAGCUCUGUCUGCAGUUAUGGGUGUUACUCUAACAGCAGCCAUAGGAGGGGCUGACAUGCCAGUCGUUAUUACUGUACUGAACAGCUAUUCUGGCUGGGCACUGUGUGCCGAAGGGUUCCUGCUCAACAACAACCUGCUAACGAUCGUGGGCGCACUAAUUGGUUCCUCUGGUGCCAUCCUAUCUUAUAUCAUGUGUGUGGCCAUGAACCGCUCUCUUGCCAACGUGAUCCUUGGUGGAUAUGGCACUACUUCAACAGCUGGUGGGAAGCCAAUGGAAAUUACUGGCACACAUACAGAAGUGAAUGUGGACAGUGCAAUUGAUAUGAUAAAGGAAGCCAAUGACAUCAUAAUCACUCCAGGUUACGGCCUAUGUGCAGCCAAGGCUCAGUAUCCCAUUGCUGAUUUGGUGAGAAUGCUGAGAGAAAUCGGCAAGCGUGUCAGGUUUGGAAUUCAUCCUGUGGCUGGUCGCAUGCCUGGACAACUCAAUGUUCUGCUUGCAGAAGCUGGUGUGCCAUAUGACAUCGUCCUAGAAAUGGAUGAGAUCAAUGAAGACUUUCCAGAAACUGAUCUGGUCCUUGUUAUUGGAGCUAAUGACACAGUAAAUUCAGCUGCCCAGGAAGAUCCAAACUCUAUCAUUGCUGGAAUGCCAGUUCUAGAAGUUUGGAAGGCAAAGCAGGUCAUUGUUAUGAAGAGAUCGCUUGGCGUUGGAUACGCAGCUGUGGACAAUCCAAUCUUUUACAAGCCCAACACAGCCAUGCUUCUAGGCGAUGCUAAAAAGACCUGUGAUGCCCUGCAGGCCAAAGUGAGAGAGCUCUAUUAGAAUUAAAUGCCUCCUGUUAAAAGCUACCCGUGGGCCAGUAUGAACAAAACUUCUAAAAGUGCCAUAUGUAUCAACAUUAAAAGUCAAGGGUUAAUAAAGUGUUCUUGAUUUGAAGGUCUAGGGAAAAAAGGCUAAGCUCCAGAGAAACGCUGAAAGCAAAAUCAAGCCCUGAAAUGAAAUUCUGGCUUCUUGAGGAGGCAGAAUCUGGAAUAAGUAUUUUCAAAUGUAUUGCAUAUCAGAGGAAUGUUCCUUCAGUAGCUACUCGUGUAACACAGUGACACUCAGGAAUUUAGGUCAUCUGACCAUGUCAGUGUGACAUAAGGGAAACAUGCACAAAUAUAGGCAGUAGCUGCUGUUUUUUAAAUGACAGCAACAACAACAAUUUUGACUUCUGUCAUUGCUACUGGCUCCAGAUGAACACAGAAUUCCACUGAUCACGCAUUUGCAAGAUCUCAGACCCUCAGCCAAAUAUUUUAAAUUUUGAUUGACUUUUAUUUGUGACAUUUUAAAUUACCCUUCCUCAGUCCAGUGCCGUUCAGAUCUUACGGGUUACAAUUCCAACAUUCCUGCCCUUUCGCUAUGAUGGUUGAAGCUGAUGGGAGUUGUAGUCUAAAAGAUUUGGAGGGCAACUGAUUGGAGAAGACAGUUUCCAACAGAUUGGUUUUGGGGAAGGGUGGUGUUCAGGGAAGGCCCUGCAGCUUGGUGGAGAGGAUUCAUAGCUCCGUGACAGAGCAUGUGCUUUGCCUGCUGGAGGUUCCAGGUUCAGUCCUGGCAUCUCCAGCUGGGGGUGGAAAAGUCCCUGUCUCACACCCUGCUAUGUACUUUUGAAGUACAUUCAUAGUCGACACACUCGAGAUGCUGGAAAUGAGCACUUUCUUGCCCAACAGCCAUCAGAUGCUGGAAAAAGAAAUGCAGAAGACUCUCUGAAAUACUUUUAUAAUUGUUUGAGUAAACAUGGAUAACCUAAGCAGCUUCAGGAAAAGAGGGAUUCUGAUUACUGGUCUUCCUUUUAAUUUAAUAAAUAUAACAAUUUAAACUAUAGUUUAGUGGUGAAUGCAGUUCAUUAUGGCUUCCAAUGCAGCCUUGAUCAUGUUUAGUGCACUUGAGUGGAACUCAAAUAUUUGACUAAUAAAAUGAAUUUGUCAUGUUUGCAUAAUGAUGUAGCAACUGUCUGUGGUGACAGAGGCAACUGUCACCUCUGGAACUGUGUUAGAAAGCCUUAACAUCUGGGCAGGACAGACUACUAUGAAGCAAAUUAAACUUAGCCCAACUUGACUGUUUAUAAAUCCUGAUUUUUAUCAUUGUGCUUAUUGUGACCUGAUUUAAUAGUCGAUGAAAAUUAUGUCUGUUUAGCUACCUCCUGUUUGUGUACAGUGCAGGUCCCAUAUGUUGAACAUCAGGGGAUGGCAGUGGGCUGAAUCUAGCCCUGAGCUUCCAGGCUCAGCUGGCGGGUGCUUUGGCUCAUUUCCCAUUCAUUUUGGUGGGACUGGUGAAGAAAAAGCUCUCAAAUGGAUUGAAGUCAGUGUUUUUAGAAAGCUUCCUUUUUAAGUCGCUUCACAGAAAGGACCUGAACAGCAAUAGGUUGUUUGGUGCAUAAGAAUACUUGAGCCACAAGAGUCUAGUGUCAAACCUGAGGCAGCUAUGGGUUAGCAGGACCUGUUCUGGGACCUCAGUUAGCUUGCCUUGGUCCCAUCCGUUUCUAUACAAUCUGCAUGCUGAUAAGGCGGAGAGAAUAAAUGUCAGGAGAACUAGCUUUGGAGGUUUUACUGCAACCUGAAAGCUGUAGUGUCCAACUUGUUUAAAGUAUUUUAUUCUUUUGAUAUGAAAAUACACAUGCAGCUUCUAAGAGGACCAGAAGUACCAUUGCUAACAUUAAAAUUGUGUUUAUACUAUGGAACAUGAGAGAACUAUUUAAAAAUAAAAAACAAAGUGAGCAAAA